GCCCCGGAGAAAUUUGGUGCUGUUCUCCCCUUUACUGCAGCCCGGCCCAGGAAGUGUCAAAACUGUGAGUAAAGAACUAUCUGUUAUUAUUCCUCGGUACACUGUCAACCUCACAAGUUAUCCCCCUGCGGUCCCGGCUCGCUGCAGAGACGUCACCUGUAAGUCACUAAAUGCAAGUGUUUAUUCUGCCACUGACUGCAUCUGAUAAGUGCUAUAAUCCCCUGGAUGAUCUACAGCUGAUGAUGGGUGGUAGCAUAUGGUUUUGUGAAACAACUCCCAGCAUACCUCACCUGUUAAGGCCAUACUGGAAGCUGUAGUUUCACAUUGUACAGAGUUAUAUGGCAAGGGCUAUAUCUACUCAAAUGGUAUCUGUAUUGCUCUAUUUAUGUAGGGAACUUGUUUCUGGUGUUGAAUUUAUGCAGAGAAGUUUGUUCUGAUGCUGUUUUUAACUUAUGGGCUUAGUUCUGGUGCUGUAUUUAUGUACUAAACUUGGUUCUGGUGCUGUAUUUGUGGAAUGAUUAUGCCUCUGUAUAUAUACAGUGAAUUUAGUUCUGGUGCAGUAUUUAUGUUAUGAGCAUAGUUUUGGUUAUAUAUUUAGUGAUCUUGGUUCUGGUGCUAUAUUGUACUGUGUUAAACAUGUAUCUGAUGCUAUACUUUGAUCUAACAAUGUGAUCCACAUUUCCGUUUGGGCCCGUAUCACAGAUUCUGUCAAAAAGACUGGACAAAGUUCUGCAUGCAAGACUUUUUUUUGUCUGGUAAAGAAGCAGCAUCCUGAGCAGACCCUAUUAUAGUCAAUGGAGUCUGUUCAGCUCUGUUAGUUUUGUGCUAAAUCCGGCACUUCUGGUAUUUUUGUUGUUCUGCUUUUGUCAAAGAGCAGAACAAUAGAAUGUGAUAAUGCUCUUGUUAAGCCCGCCUAAGAGUAAAACUUGUGUUUAAGGGGGUAUAAGAAUAGCGCUGUAUGCUCUUUUUUUCCACAGAAACCUUCUUAUCAUGUCAGUCUGCUCGACUAUGGAAACUUCCUGCAGCCUCUCAUCCCUUCCUGCUUCCAUAUAUACAUAAGGGGUCACUGAACCAACUUUAUGCAGUGUGUUGUAUAUUGAUAUAUACACUAUGACAUAUACUAUAAUUGCAUUUAUGAUUUUGUGUAUUUGAAUACUGUGGUAUAUGCGAACAAUACAUGAUAUGCCGCUUGUGCCCCCACACAUAUGUGAAUGUUAUAGGGGAUAUAUGCAAAGUGUAAAUACUGCACUGCCUAAGUACUCUGUAAUAUGCAACACAGAGGAUUUAUGCACUUAUAUAAAUACCAUCAUACCAACGGCACAGCCGUGCAGCGACUCCUCCAUACCUGACUAUAGAUUAUGGACUAAUGUCCUCGAUCCGGCAUAUACCAGUAGUACUCAGCGAUACACGUGUGGUACCACACUAUAUAAUAUACCAUGCUCCAGAUUGAACCCUGUCACUCCCAUCAUUACUAUACUGGUACUUUACUACUAUUACCCUUACAAACCGUAUGCCACGGACCCGUCGUAUUUGCACCUAUAUGUAUUUGAAAAAUAUACUUCAUAAUAUUUGUUAAGUUAUUGGACACUAUUUUUCGCCUUGCUGCUAUAACCAUGUUCAAUUUGACUUUUAUAUAUUGAUAUUGAUUUUGUUAUGAUUAUGUAACGUCAUCUCUGCUAUCCGAAUAACCCUGAACAUGUAUCCAAUAUUAUUCCAGAUAAUAUGACCACUGACGAAGGUCCACCGUGACCGAAACGUUUGGUCAGAAAUAUUCUGUUGUUAAUGCUCUCAUAUAUACCACGGGCGAAUGGAUGAUGCAGAGAUUAUGAAAUAAACUUCAUUUAAAUUGCAAAAAGAAUUACCUGAGUGCCUCAAUAUUUUACUCUCAUGAUAAACGGCUUAACAAGCCCUUGAUUGGCACCAGUGACACCCUUGAACAGAGUGUGGUUCCUCACUUUACUAUAAGAUUACGCAAUUUCUGCGUGAUACCAGCACCUUCAAACAAGCAUGACGAAUACCUUUUCAUAUGAUACUAUUACAGCAGAGAAUAUAGUGUCCAGGGGAAACUUACCUAAUGAGUUCCUGCACAUACCUAACCAUGAAAUGAAAAUUCGCGAAUACGAGCGGGACCGCAAGCGACUUAUCGGAUGGGAACUACACUGCAGCACACUCACUGAAUACUAUAAAAACAAGUGGAUUCCGAGAGGCCUGAGAUCUCAUCUCCGACCUACACUCUUUUCAGAGAAAAAAGAAUUCUGCGAACGCUUCGAGAGCAUUCUGAACAAGUGCUCUCUUGACCUGAUCUUACUAACUAUAGAAGAAUUACAAACAUCAAUUGGCAAACUAGCCUUACAGAUCAAGACAACCGAAGACCAGCUGACUUCAACUACACCGGAAGAAGAAAUCACUAAAACCAAAGAAAGGAUCAAUAAACAACUACAAGAAUACCAAAAGUACGCGGAACAAGGAAAGCGACAGAAGUUUGUACGAGGCGCCGAAGACUACAAAUUAGAGAGAGUCUACCGCUGGAAAGGAAAUCAACAGCAACAAUACUACCGAGGAUACAGACAUCCACACUAUUCUGGCUCUUCGGCAUCCGACAGUGACAGAUCCGGACAUCACGAACCCCGUUUUUUAGGCAACGCCCCACGGAGGGGCAAAUCAAGACGCGGAGGACCAGGUGGGGCGGGAGGAAACCAAGAGGGACGCAUACAGACACGCUCCCAGACUCAUUGAAUUGUCUACAAGCUGACGAGGGUGAGAAACCUUCUUAUCAUGUCAGUCUGCUCGACUAUGGAAACUUCCUGCAGCCUCUCAUCCCUCCAUGCUUCCAUAUAUACAUAAGGGGUCACUGAACCAACUUUAUGCAGUGUGUUGUAUAUUGAUAUAUACACUAUGACAUAUACUAUAAUUGCAUUUAUGAUUUUGUGUAUUUGAAUACUGUGGUAUAUGCGAACAAUACAUGAUAUGCCGCUUGUGCCCCCACACAUAUGUGAAUG